UUUCCCAAUGAGCUCCAGCGGGCUGGGGGAGGAGCGGGGGAAGGAGCAAACUUUGCCCCUGAGCUGCCGCCGCUGCCAGCCCUGUGGACUGUGAGUGCAUACGGUGGGCAUCCGCCCCAUCCUCUCUGCAGCACCAGCCUGCUCUCUGCCUGCUGCAGCCUCACUCUCCCUCCCUUUCCGCCUCUAAAUUUCGCACAGUACGAUGUAGGGGGCUUACCGUUAUUUUUAAAAUUAUUAUUAUUUAUUUAUUUCUUACCGAAGAUGGUUUAAUUUUUUUAAUCUUUCUAUUAUUUAUUAAUUUCUCUCAAUCGUAAACCUGUCCAGCCUUCUGCCGGCUGGGCCAGAGCGUAAAGCCUGGGACUGCACCUGGGGCAAUGAGCCCUGCAAUGAAGAAGCCUAGAGGGAUGUUCUGGGGCCGCGCAACAGACUAGAUCCAAGACCCGAAGCUCACACCACCAGUUAUUCCCUCUCCCUCAUUCCCUUCGCCCGCCUUUUUUGCACCCAGUCCCCUUGAAACCUCGGAUCAGUGCCUGCGCUGCGCUCCGGAGAUCUUUGCCGGGGUGAAAAGCCCGGAGACCAAGGAGAGACGGGGCGGCCGUGCUAGAUGCAUGGGGGAGGGCUCCGGUUAAUGCAAGUUCUGGGCUCCUGCAGGGACCCCGACAACUGUCAGCAGCAGCAACUCGGGGCCUCCUCCUCUACUUCCUCAGCAAUGCUUUUCCACAGUCUGUCCGGCUCGGAGAUGCACGGGGUCAUCGAUGAGAUGGAUCGGAGAACCAAAAGCGAAGCACCGGCCAUCAGCUCGGCUAUAGACAGGGGAGAGACCGAAACGCCGACCAUGCCUUCCAUCAGCAGUGACAGGGCUGCUCUGUGCGCCGGCUGCGGGGGGAAAAUCUCCGACCGUUAUUACCUCCUGGCUGUGGAUAAACAGUGGCACAUGCGCUGCCUGAAGUGCUGUGAAUGUAAACUCAACUUGGAAUCCGAGCUCACCUGCUUCAGCAAGGACGGCAGCAUUUAUUGCAAGGAGGAUUACUACAGGAGGUUUUCGGUGCAAAGAUGUGCGAGAUGUCACUUGGGGAUUUCUGCCUCCGAGAUGGUCAUGAGAGCCAGGGAUUUGGUAUAUCACUUAAACUGCUUCACUUGCACCACUUGCAACAAGAUGUUGACCACCGGCGACCACUUUGGCAUGAAGGACAAUCUGGUGUACUGCCGCCUCCAUUUCGAGACUCUGAUCCAGGGGGAGUACCAGGUGCAUUUCAAUCACUCGGAUGUAGCCUCUGGGAAGGGCCCGGCACUGGGAGCGGGCUCUGCCAACACUUUGGGACUGCCUUAUUACAACGGCGUGGGGACUGUCCAGAAGGGGAGACCCAGGAAGAGGAAGAGCCCAGGGCCUGGGGCAGAUUUGGCAGCCUACAAUGCAGCUUUAAGUUGCAAUGAAAACGAUGGUGACCACCUGGAUAGAGACCAGCAAUACCCCAGCAAUCAAAAAACAAAGCGUAUGAGGACAUCAUUCAAACACCACCAGUUGCGGACAAUGAAGUCAUACUUUGCUAUUAACCACAAUCCCGAUGCCAAGGACUUGAAACAGCUAGCACAGAAAACUGGCCUGACCAAAAGAGUUCUUCAGGUUUGGUUUCAAAAUGCUCGAGCCAAAUUCAGACGGAACCUCUUACGCCAAGAAAACACAGGGGUGGAUAAGACUUCAGACUCAACACUCCAAGCAGGAACCCCAUCAGGUCCUGCCUCAGAAAUAUCCAAUGCCUCCAUGAGUCCAUCCAGCACUCCCACUACUUUAACGGACUUGACUAAUCCUACUAUGCCUACUGUGACAUCUGUCUUGACAUCAGUGCCCGGAAGUCUUGAGGUUCACGAAUCUCGAAGUCCUUCACAAACAACUCUCACAAAUCUUUUCUGAUGACUCUUUCUUAAUAAUUUCUUUAAAAAAGAAAUUAUCCUUAGCUGAAAUUCCAAGUGUAUUUUAAUAGAGGCUUUGAGCAACUGACUAACCACAAUUAGGAUCUCUCCUGAAAAAAACAGAAGGAAAUGUAGUGUUCUGGUAUUACAGAGUAUGGACCGAAGAAUAACUUGGAAGAUCUAUUGCGACACAACAUUUGUGUAACUGUACAGUUUUGUGGACUGAGCAAGGGAAACAGCAAUUAAUUUAAGUUGGCUAAAGCUUCUGUAUUUUCAAAGACUGCCAUGUGCCUUAUAUACUGUUUUAUCUACAUUCUUUGGAUUCCAUGUCCACUUCUCUCUUUUUCUCUCUGUAUAUUUAUGACCAGGGCAAAAAUGUUAAGAGUUUGUUACUUUGAAUAGUCCUAAGCCUUUCAUUGGUUGCUUUGUUGUUUUAGAAUUUUAAGGUUGAAGUCUGUUCGAAUACCAGAAUUUGUAAACUCUAACCAGUAAUAAAACCACUUAUGGAAACUA